AUGGUGGAGCCUCGCGCGUCGCCCGGCUACCUGCGCCAGACCGCGGCAUCGCGGGCGAGCAGCAGGUCGAAGGUGCUGCCGCGCACACCGCCCAGCCUCGCCAAGCAUCCGACUGCGCUGGACAAGCUCCGGUCGACGCCCGAGCGACCGACUCCAAGCCGGCGGCGCUCGCUCGAGCCGGCGCUGGCCGAGGCGGUCGCCGGAGCGCCCGGCAGAGCGACCGACAACAACUUGGACAUCGGCGCAGUUCUGAACCUCGAGUCCGCCGAUCGGCCCGCGUCGACGGUGCCGCCCGAGUCCAAGACGAAAGUGGCCGACGCGGCGCUCGUCACUGAGAAUGUGGACUGCCAGUCGCCCGCAAAGCUGCGCCGGCAGCCGGGGCCGGCGCCCGAGCCGGGCCGGCGCGACUCGACCGCGCUGCAGCGGCUCGAGUCGUCACUCCUCGCCGACGAGUUCUCUCCGAUGGCCGAGCAGCCGAUGGCCGGGGCGGAGGAGCAGCCCAAGCCCGACGUCGGCGUCACCCCCGCGCCGCAGUCGCUGCCCCGCGUGUCGGCCCGCUCGGAUAGCUCCGACUACCUCGCCUCUGCCUACGAGGCGGAGGCGCCGCCCUCGGCAAGCAAGGAGGGCUCGGCAAGCAAGGAGGGGACGCCCUCGGCGGCGGAGGCGAUCGAGGGCGCCGGGGCCGCUCCUCUGCCCGCACUCGAGGCGAAGGAGCUCUCCUUCUGCCCGACGCCGGUGCGGCGGCGGCGGGCGCCGAGUCGUUGGCUGCUGCUGCUCGCAGCCGUCGCUGCCUUCGCGGCGGUCCGCCUCCGGCAGCCGCCGGCUCCGCACCGGUCGAUGGUGCACUGGAACGACCUGCUGCGCCCGUACUUGCGCGCCACGUCGGCGCUCGGCCCGCGCGGAGCCAACGACCUCGCCGCGCCGAUGGCAGAGCCCGCGCUGUUCGAUGCCAGCGUCGGCGAGACUGAUGCUCCGGAAGAGCCGCAGGAGCCGCAGGAGGAGGAGGCGGCGGCAGCCAAGGCUGCCGUCGCUGCGCUCGAUGCGGCUCUCGCGUCGCUGCGCUGCCCCGCCAACCACUCCAACAUCCCAACGGCUCCCUUGGUGGACGGCUCGGCGGCAGCGGACAGCUACGGCAGCGAGCAGCGCAUCGCCCUCAACGCGGACGGUUCCCUCGCAGCGACGCCAGUCCGGCGCUCGCGCCGCUCCGGCGGGUCGUCGGCGAGGAAGGCAAAGGUCCUCGUCUCGCCGGACGGGUCCGGGUACAUCGAGGCGCUCGCACGCGGCACGCCGCCGUAA